CCAUGUUUAAAAGACUGGGUUUGGAUUAGACUAACUUACUUUACACUGCCAACUAGAGGAAGUAGCAACUGAACCCUUACAUAGGAUUUGACAAAUCAUGCUUCUGCUCAUGCUUACCAUAUCCAUUGCCAAUAUGUUUUUUGCUGUUGGAGUUGUUUGCAUGCCCCUAACGGACCAGGGCCCCUACAUCACCCACAGCUGGAGCCAGAUGGUCCGCCUCAGGCACCUGUAUGCUGCCAGGCCAGGACUGCACCUAAUGAUUAGUGGGGAUGGACAGAUCGACGGCUCUGCGCACCAAACUCCUUACAGCCUACUGGAAAUCCGUGCAGUGGAUCCAGGCUGUGUUGUCAUCCGAGGAGUAGCAACAGCACAGUUUCUCUGCAUAGAAGCCAAUGGAAGACUGUACUCAUCGCACACCUACAGCAGAGAUGACUGCACCUUCAGAGAGCAGAUUUUGCCAGACGGGUACAACAUCUACGUCUCUGACAGACACCGAGCCCUGCUCAGUCUGGGAAACCACCAUCAGAGGCUGCAGGGUCGAGACCGAGGCGUACCGACUCUGGCACAGUUCCUCCCCAGGAUCGGCACCCUGGAUAACUCCUCGCCCCCUGGACUGGACAUCCUUAGCGAGCUGAGACAGAGCGCAACACAAACAGAAGAACCUGUGGACACAAUGGAUUCAUUUGGAAAGCUCUCUCAGAUCAUUCACAGUCCCAGCUUCCACGAGAGAUGAGACAGUAGAUCUGAGACACCAGUAAAUGGAUGUGUCCUGGGGUUUUCUACCUUGUCUGAGGCCCGAAAAAGGACAUUUCUUCCUGCAUAUUGCAGAAACUGACUGCAGGCUCAGCCAGCCUGCACCCAGAAAGGUGGCUGCGACAUCCUGCCAGCACUGUCCAGUAAGACAUUACAGAACAGUGCAGUGUCCU